AACGAGUCUCUUUCGUGUCAACUGAGGAAAACGAAAAAACGUAUGCCUCUCUAGCAGCAAGACCUUUUCCCACCCUUACAAAACAAACGAAGCAAGAAGACGAGAAAUGUAUCCUGCCCUGCCCGCAAUAAAGUCACCGUAAUAGCAGACGUGAGCGCCGAGUGAGACCGAGGCACUUGGCCAGCGACCCUCCAUUCCGUCGUUCGUCGUCAUCACCAUUAAAGGAGAAAACCACCAUCGUUCUCCGUCAGCUCUUCUCUCUUUCUCCUCACGGAAAAACGAGCUCUUUGAGACUUCUUCACACCAUUGGACCCGUCAUGGGGAAGAAGCUCGACCGCCUGCUCGGGAGAUCCUUCAAGCUCUCCAAGUUCAAGCCCCUCGCCUCUCUCGCCGUCUCUCGCCUCGCGGUCCUCAGGAAGCGCAGUGAAGCCCGGCUCUCGCAGGCUCGGUCCGACGUCGCUCAGCUUCUCGAGCUCGCGCACCAUGACCGGGCUCUUCUUCGAGUCGAGCAGGUGGUGGGGGAGCAGAACACGUUGGAUGUUUAUGCCCUGAUCGAGGGCUAUUGUCAUCUCUUGAUCGAGAGGGUCGACCUUAUUGAACGGGAAAAGUACCGCGUUUCUCUCUGGUUUUAUGUUUGCCAUUCCGUAUCAAAAGAUCAGACAUUGACUUUUUCGUUUCACACACUCUUUUGGUUGAUGGUGUGUGGGUCUGUUUUCGUCCAUUCUCGCAGAGUUUGUCCGGAUGAGCUGAAGGAGGCAGCAUCGAGUUUGGUGUUCGCGGCGUCGAGGUGCGGAGAUUUCCCUGAGCUCCACGAGAUGCGUGUUCUCCUUAGCUCUCGUUACGGCAAGGAGUUCGCUGCUUCGGCUGUUGAAUUGAGGAACAACUGCGCAGUGAAUCCUACGCUGAUACAGAGGCUGUCGACCAGGCAGCCUAGCUUAGAGAGCAGAACCAAGUUGCUCAAAGAGAUUGCUGCAACCAACGGCAUAGCUUUGCCUUUCGAUGAACCCUUGGACCCCUUAGAGGGAAACACUGGUGUAAAGGAUAUGCCGGACCAACCUAUCAAUUCUGCAUAUUCUAGACCUAGUGUUGACAAUAAUAUGGAAAGUACAUCUAAAACAAGUGUGAUGGACGAAUUCUCCGACUCGUUCGAGGCACGGAGCGAGUACCAGGAUGUCGCCGAAGCAGCCCAAGCGGCUUUCGUGUCGGCUGCUUAUGCGGCAGCAGCUGCAAGAGCUGCAGUAGAACUGUCUCGAUCGGAAUCUUUCGAUCCCGAUGAUCAAAACAGUCCUAGUCCUAGUGCUCGAAGGUUAGAGGCGAAGCAGGUAUUUGAUCACAAUGAGAGGCAACUCCAAAAUGCACAUGGACCUCGAGGCCCUGUCAUGGGCAGAAAUGCUGCGGAAACCAGACCUUCAGUGUCUUCCCUGACCUCAGAUUCAGGAGAAUUGACUAUGACUCCUCGGGUUGGAGCAGGUCGGUCUGAUCGCUCGCGGGAGGAAAUAUAUUUCGACAGAAGCGACGACGAGGAGUGUGAUCGAAUUGAAUCCCCUUGUGACUUCUCAUCUCCUAUGCAAAUUCCAUCACGUUCCCGAGCUGGCACGAAGGCAGAAUCGGGUGCGGGAGGCCACGUAGCACGCCCGGCUGAAGCGACGGGGGCGCACGUCAGACAGGUCCUGGACCUAGAGAGGAGACCGAUGUCUGUGAGGAGUAGACACGUGCGCGGUUACUGAGCAGUUCUUUGGGAGCAACAGAUGUGCAGUCCAACCAUGUUGUUGUUGUCGUUGUUCUUAUCAUGUAAUUAGCAUGUGAUUUGGUUUCCGAUCUAGAGGUUGUUAAUAAUUUUUCCAGGCAGAGAGAAUUCGUGAGUAGGCGAGGGGGGGGUGUUUUCGAUUCUACUUUCGCGGUUUGAUGGCAAAAAUGGAAUUGGUUUGAACCGUACCAUAUUAAAAUAGGAAACGUAUUCUUAGUCCCAGGUUCGCCUCUGUUAGCUGCUAAACUCACUUAAGUCCCACACCAUCAAAUUCCUUAUUCUGGUUUCAAUGUCACGAGGUGUCUGAAUUUUCGUAAUCUGUCCGGAGGCUUUGUCUCGGUUCAAUUCCUUUGUCUGUCUA